GUUGAACCUCAAAUUGCUUGGAAUUGGAUUGAACAGACUGCCCAAGUGUUGAGAGAUCUGAACGUACCGCUUAACGACCACCCGAGACUCGCAUCACAAUUACUUCGUGGGGAAGCCUACGAAUGGGGUGGAAACGCACCGAUGAAAGUAACGAAACCCCGAAGCCAUGGACGUGGGAGUUCUUCGACUGGGCUUUCAAGAAAGAGUAUAUCCCAGCACGUUUCCGUGAAGCGAAACGUACCGAAUUUGUUGAGUUGCAACAAGGGGAGAUGACGCUUCCCGAAUAUCGCCAAAAGUUUGUUAGUCUUGCCAAAUUUGCACCAACGUUGGUAAGCCCCACAACUGACCGUAUUGAGGAGUUCAGAUCAAAACUCCGACCUGAUCUCAGGGCUCAAGUAUCUGUCAUACCAACGGUAGACUUCACGGAAGCCUAUGAUCUUAUUGCUAAAGCAGACAAGGAUCUGAAUGCUUGUAAGGAGUACUUGAAGAAAGAAGGUGCUAGCACAAGUGAACGUCGACCUACAAAUUCUGUCUC